UCUUCUGUGAGCUGAAGUCUGUUGAUUCUCUGCUACUUUCCCAGUUCCUGUAAGCAAGCCCUCCAGUUUGCUCACUCACAGGAGCCCAGGCCAUCUGCCAGGAUGCUGCUGUCCCGACUGCUACCCUUGCUCUGGGUGUUUAAGUGGGCAUCUGGAAACUGCUUUAUUCUCCGUAGAAGGAUCACAGAUACCUUUGCGUCGCUGACACUGGAGUUACAGUCUGUGACGGUGCAGGAGGGUCUGUGCAUCUUUGUGCCCUGCACAUUGCCUAAGGACCACAUGAGUAUGUGGUCAGGCCCUGCCUUUGGAUACUGGUUCCAUGAAGGGGAGAAUACACACCUUGACUCUCUUGUUGCUACAAACAACCCAAACCAAAUAGUGCAGAAGGAGAUGCAGAGCCGAUUCCACCUCUCUGGGGACUGCUCCUUGGACAUCAGAGAUGCACAGAAGGGUGACAGCGGUUCUUACUUCUUCCGACUGGAAAAAGGAGGCAUAACGUGGGAUUUUUGUGAGAAUAUGAUCUCGGUGCAUGUGACAGACCUCACUCAUACCCCCAACAUCAGCAUCCCACAGACACUGGAGUUUGGUCAUCCUACCGAUGUGAUGUGCUCUGUGCCCUGGGCUUGUGAACGGGGAACACCUCCCAUCUUUUCCUGGAUGUCAGCUGCCCUCAUAUCCCUGGGUCCCACAACCACCUUCUCCUCAGUGCUGACCCUCACUCCCAGGCUCCAGGACCAUGGAACCAACCUCAUCUGUCAGGUGACCUUCCCUGGAGCUGGUGUGACUGUUCAAAAGACUGUCCAGAUCAAUGUCAUCUAUACUGCACAGAACUCCACAAUCCAUGCCUCUGGAAGAACUGACCCAGGGAAACCAAGGCCAAUGGCAGAGGUGGUACAGGUAGCCAUGGGAGAAGCGGCUAUCAAAUUCCUGCUUCUUGGGAUCUGCUUCUUCUUCCUCAGCAUGAGAUCCCAUAGGAAGAGAGUGGAGAGACCAGCAACACACAUGGAUCAUGAGAACACCGUCAUGGAUUAGUCUCUCAGGCUGUGGAGAGAGCUAGCAUUAUACCAUGGAUCCACCACACCCUGGUCAAGAGAGCCAUGGAUGAUGAUACCAACUGGACUGUCUCCAGAUUAUGGAUGGACCUCUUAAAAUUAAAUUUUUGUCUUGCUCUUCUACUCUCUGCCCCUCUACCUCCUCUUAAGUCUUGUUUUUUAUUCUAUGGGUAUGAACAUAGGGUUAUGGUCUACCCCCACAGCCUGGAACUAGGAACUAAGAAAGAUGGAUACAGGGAAGGUAUUAACUAGUGUGACUAUAAACCACCAACCCAUAAUCAUCUUGACCUCUGCUCACUGAUGCCCACUUUAAGUGUUUGGUUGUAUUGGGAAAAAAACAAAGAUAUGGGAGUUUAUCUUUUGAGGUAGAAAUAUAGAGUUUAUAAUUCUAUGCAUGCCCCUUAGUUACCAGGAACAAAAGA